AUGUCGACAGGCCAUAUCGAGUAUAGGGGUGUCCUGCAACAGUAUACACUCCUCUUCCAUACAUAUGCAUGGUUUGCCCUUGAUUUCGCUGACUCUGCUAGGGGCGAAUACAUCCCGUCUUCCCAAGCGCUUGACGGCCACGUUACGAGAGGGGAGGGUAUAGCAGCUGGAAAUGAAGCAGGAAUGCAGUCCUCUGAAUACCCAUGGGCUUGUGGUACUGUGCCGGCGAAGCAACUGUCCUACCAGACAAGGCAGCUAUACGACAGCAUAUACUCUUUGCCGUUGAUGUCUAGUCCUCCAAAAUACCCGCCCUUGCAUGCAUACGACAUCCAUGAUUCCGACCAAACCUCUUUGGCGCAGAGAUUUGACUCUCUACACGACGGCAUGUAUAAGGACGGUAUGAUGGACAAUCAUGUUCUGCUCCCUUCUAUGGAAUCUGAGUUCAACAAUCGGGCAUCCACGGAAGCUGAGUCGUUGCCCAGCUGGGAGAACUCACCUCGAUCCACGAUGGCACAGUUGACUGUAGACACUGCUAUCCCGACCACGGAACCAUCGUCUUCGCAUGUCUCGGCAUCCAUGGGGUAUAACGAUAUAUCCGCUUACUCGGACAUCGCCUCUUCUACCUCGGCCUUCACUCCCUGCAGCUCACUCUACUUCUCCAACACACCGCUUUCACCUUCAGCCUCGCCUCAACGCCAGCAUCAGCAGCAGCAUCAGCAGUACUCUGACUGUCUCAGAGUUGAACCUGGACCGAUGGCUGCCACAUCACCUGGAUCCCAUGGGCGACAGUUGAGCAGCUAUAGCUACGAUGGCUGCGGGAGCGGAUGGACCCACGGUUCUUCUUCGAACUCGACCUUCAUCUCUCAGCCGCAUGUUAACCGGUCCUUCGCUGGAUCGUCCCCUUCGGUGCAGCAGCGAAACCACUAUCCCCCUCCAGCAGGGGAGAGAGCGGAGCCAAAGAAAGCAACGAAAGCCUUGACUGCUUCAUCGUCAAACCCUUCAGCCAGCAUCCAAGAUGGCAAGCCGGACACGGUGGCUCCAAGCCCCAGGACCAAGAAGACGGUGUCUCGAAUUGUGCCUGGCGACAAUGAGUCAAGAGAUCGUGAUGAUAUAGACCACUACUCCGACCUGCUUAACCCUCCUGACCUGCUGGAGCCACUGAGGGACAACCAGACACGGCCUCCGCCGGAAGACAUGUUCCCAUCCGACCCGACCAUGGUCCCUCGCGAGCAGGAGCCUCGCUUCGAGGGUGACAUGUACACUCCCACCUGGGUACGCGGACAGGGAAACAGGCGUGAAGGCUGGUGCGGAAUCUGCAAACCGGGACGCUGGCUUAUCCUGAAGAACUCUGCAUACUGGUACGACAAGAGCUUCACGCACGGCAUCAGUGCCACGACCGGACAGGCCUUCAGUCCACCGAAACAGACACGACGCAGCGAGGGUAACGCCAACAUCUGGGAGGGUCUCUGUGAGAACUGUGACUCGUGGAUUGGGCUCGUCAGCAGCAAGAAGAGAGGAACAACGUGGUUCCGUCAUGCCUACAAGUGCUAUAAUAACAGCAGCAAGGCUGAAGGCUCACAAAAGAGACGGCGAGCAAGCAGCGAGAGCGACCAUGGACCUCCUUCGUCUCGGCCUAGACUCUCAUCAACAGCAACGAGCCGCAAGUUGCAGCCAGCCAUCCCAUCGUUUGCUGCUUCAAGCAAAUUGAGGCAUGAGUCCAAAGCAACCAAAGCUCCAUGA